CCCAGCCGGUUCACGGUCCGCGUGUUGGUUGCUUUGGGGCUACCGCGCGCCCGCGCUCGUUCCCAGCUCCGGUCCCGCGCUGUGCGGUCGCGCGCUUGGUCGGCGGCCAUGUGUUCGCUGGCGGCGGGGAACGGACAAGGCGCGGAGCUGGGGCCGGAGCCCUUGGAGCUGUCGGACAGCGGAGACGACGCGGGCUGGGAGGACGAGGACGCGGACGCUGAGCCCGCACAGGGCCGGCAGCACACACCCUGCCUGUUCUGUGACAGGCUCUUCAGGUCUGCUGAGGAAACGUUUUCACACUGUAAGUUGGAGCAUCAAUUUAAUAUUGAUGGUAUGGUCCACAAACAUGGACUGGAAUUUUAUGGAUACAUUAAACUAAUAAAUUUUAUUAGACUUAAGAAUCCUACUGUUGAGUACAUGAAUUCCAUAUACAACCCUGUGCCUUGGGAUAAAGAUGAGUACCUGAAGCCAGUGUUGGAAGAUGAUCUUUUGCUUCAGUUUGAUGUAGAAGAUCUUUAUGAGCCAGUGUCUGCUCCCUUCACAUACCCCAAUGGACUCAGCGAAAACACAUCUGCUGUUGAGAAAUUGAAGCUCAUGGAGGCCCGGGCGCUGUCUGCUGAGGCGGCUCUGGCUCGGGCGCGUGAGGAUCUGCAGAAGAUGAAACAAUUUGCUCAGGACUUUGUGAUGAACGUAGAUGUCAGAACCUGCUCCUCCACGACUACCAUUGCAGACCUGCAGGAGGACGAGGAUGGCGUCUACUUCAGCUCCUAUGGGCAUUAUGGGAUACAUGAAGAAAUGCUAAAGGACAAAGUGCGCACAGAAAGCUACAGAGAUUUCAUAUACCAAAAUCCACACAUCUUCAAAGAUAAGGUUGUUCUGGAUGUUGGCUGUGGAACUGGAAUUCUCUCCAUGUUUGCUGCCAAAGCUGGGGCAAAGAAGGUGAUUGCAGUUGACCAGUCUGAAAUCCUCUACCAGGCUAUGGAUAUCAUAAGGCUAAAUAAACUUGAAGAUACCAUUGUACUAAUUAAAGGAAAGAUCGAAGAAGUGAGUCUUCCUGUGGAAAAGGUGGAUGUUAUUAUAUCAGAGUGGAUGGGCUAUUUUCUUCUUUUUGAGUCGAUGUUGGAUUCUGUCCUUUAUGCAAAGAGCAAAUACUUGGCAAAAGGGGGAUCGGUCUACCCUGACAUUUGCACCAUCAGCCUUGUGGCCGUGAGUGACGUGAGCAAACACGCCGAUAGAAUUGCCUUCUGGGAUGACGUCUAUGGCUUCAACAUGUCCUGCAUGAAGAAAGCAGUUAUACCAGAAGCUGUUGUGGAAGUUGUAGAUCACAAGACUCUCAUUUCAGACCCUUGUGAUAUCAAGCAUAUAGAUUGCCACACCACAUCUAUCUCAGACUUGGAGUUUUCUUCAGACUUUACCCUGAGAACCACAAAGACAGCCAUGUGCACGGCAGUUGCUGGGUACUUUGAUAUAUAUUUUGAGAAGAACUGUCACAACAGGGUUGUAUUCUCUACUGGCCCCCAGAGCACCAAAACACACUGGAAACAGACAAUAUUUCUUCUGGAAAAGCCUUUUCCCGUUAAAGCAGGUGAAGCCUUAAAAGGAAAGAUCACAGUUCACAAGAACAAGAAGGAUCCUCGUUCCCUCAUUGUGACCCUGACCUUGAACAGUUCAACCCAGACUUACAGUCUCCAGUGACAGUCAUGGUCUCCAGCCGCCACAAAGUCUGAAGCACACCCAACUGUCUGUUAAAGCGGGAUAAGGCAAUCAGCAGGAGGGGCAGGCUCCACGGGGCUGUAGCAUGGCUGCUCCUGGUCCUGCAGCUACUGGGUAGUAAGCCCAAAUAAAGCAGAGAGCUCAGUGGAGGCCUGUGCCCUCCUUCCUCCUACUGCUUCUGCUCCUAGAGAUCCUAGUCACAGAAGCCUGCUUGGCCAGAUUAGCUGAAGAGACUUCCUCUCCUGCUAGACUGAGAGUCAUUUGAAUUGGCUUACUUUUGGAACAGUAAUAGUCCUGGUUUUUAAAUUAUAUAUAUGUUUCUUACUAUAAAUUUUGUUUUUAAUAAUGAGCAACACAAAGCAGUGUUUUACUGUAGAUUUCCUUUCUAGAGGAACAGUUUUUAGUUACACUCUUUGCUGCAAUAUCAGGAUAUCUUAAGACUAGGGAGCCAGUGGAUGGGACACAGCAGCGUCUCUCACACAUUCUGUUUGCAGGGGCUGUGCUGCGGUCCUCUCCACCCACCUGCAGCUCAGCUGUACCCCUCAGUGUUCUCCAGCCAUAGCCUAGCAAUGUGGGGAAGUCUAACUUCAGUGCACAGCCUAGGUGUGACAGACUACUCUUCAGGCUGGGAUAGAGGUAUCUAAAAUGCUGCCUUUACAGACCAGGUUUGUGCCAAGGCCAUGUAUCCAUCUGCUAGUACUGUAAAAUCAUGAUAUUCAGGUUGAAAAAAUGAAAAAUAUCCAAUAAAAUGUGUAACUAUUGAAAUAGUAAAAGUUUCUUCAUUACAUUGAGUGUUUUCAUGAAGUUGUGGCAUUAACAAGUCAAGAAAAUUGUGGCUUCAGCAGGCCAGUCGUUUUUGCCCAAACUGGACAUCAGUAGGAGAUCAGGCUAGCUCUGAGGUAGGUAGGUUCCCAUUCAGCUGCAGAUCUCAAUGUGGGCGUAGUCUUUCCUAGCCCUUCAGGGAGAUGCAGGCUUAUGUUAAUAGCGUUCAGGUCAGUGCCUCAGUAAGUGGACGGAGGUGACAGUGUUGGCUCCUUCCAACACAAGAGUGGAAUGAUGAUGACAGCAGCAAAGAACUGUACUCAGUGGAGGCGGAUAACCCACCAGAUUCGUAUUUUGUUUUACAGUAUUGGAAUUCAACCCUGAGCCUCACACAUGAUAGGAAAACAGCACUGAGCUAUGCCCCAGCCCCCCUCCCUUUUUCCUUUCAGUGAACAAACGUUCUCUACUAUUUAAAAAAGUAUUUCUCAAGUAUUAUCCCCCUUGACAAGCAUGGUGGUGCCCCCCUUUCAUCCCAGCACUCGGGAGGCAGAGGCAGGCGGAUCCCGGUGAUUUGAGGCCAACCUGUUACAUAGUGAGACAUUGGCUUCAGGCUGGGGUUCUUGUGGCAAAAGAUAGGGAAGGGGAAAGGGAUUUUAUCAGGGGGCAGCAUGAGGAGUUUGUGGUAAUUGUCCCUUAGGGUGAAAGACUCAGGGUCUCAAGUGACGUUAUGUGUAUAAGAUUAGUCUCAGGGCCCAUCUUCCUGCCGGAAGAAGUGUAACAGAACUGCUCAGAGCUUUGAGCCAGAGAAAUAGAGACAUGUCAGUCAUCCAGCACCAUCAUGGAGCCCAGCCUAAGUCAUUUGUAAAGGCUGAACGUAUAGCUCACAGAUUUCAUCUGUACUUGCUGUCCUCUUGGAAGGAGACCAGUGUGGUGAGAAGCAGGGUCAAGGAGCAGUGCAUACUCAGCGCAGCCUGUUUGGAUUCCCAGGCUUUCGGCUGUAAACUCUUCAUCUGAACUGCAUAGUGGCUCUUGCUUCCCCAUGUCGGAGUUUGGUGAUUACUCACAGAGCUAACAGUACUGCCCAGCCCCCAUCUACAGAAGGCUCCCAGUGCCUUGCCUGCUGCAGAGUUUGUCCUGGGCUUCCAGGUUUCUGAGAGUAACAGGUUAACUUAAUGCUAGGAUUCAGGGACCAUGUUUUCUCAGUUGAGACUGAGGUAAAAUCUGGGUGAAGUAAAUUGAGGUAAGGUUUAUAAUCUGUGUAGAAAAGCUACUUAGGAAAGGAAUAAAUGUAUUUUUAGUGGCAGCCAUGAGAGAACAGCUCCCUCCUAGGACUCAUGACUGGUCACGGCAGAGAAGGCAGGCACAGCAGGACAGAGGUUACAAGGACUUUACUUUUUAAAAUCGAAAACAUCAAGCGAAUGAAGCAACUGGAGGUCCAUCUGUGCAGACGGAGGGUUGACUAGAAGGUAAUUUUUAAAUUUGUCUACUUUAACCAUGGCUAAACAUUUACUGCCCUGCUUAAAGGGAUUUAGGAAACUGCAACUUUGUAGCUGAUUAUUUUAGUGUAGAAAGUUCCAGGAGAAACACAGCAGACACCCUGGUAGACAAGAGUCAAGCAUAGUAACACACACCUGUGAUCCUAAUGAUCAAAACCUGAGGCAGGAAGAUUACAAGCUUAAGGCCAGCCUGGGCCGUGCAGUAGUACAGCUUGGCACAUCCCCAAGGCUGGUGUUGAUCUUUGGUACCAGCUGGUAGUGUUAUUUUGUGAAACUGGUUCUGGAAAUAGGACUCUGAAGCCAGGGCCUUGCAGAGAUCUUGUCCAGGGUCCCUUCCUUGGGAGCAGGUCCUUGCAGAGGCUCCCUGAAAGCACCUGGGGCCUAAAGACUAUCUGUGGAACCUUUGAAACCAUGAACCAAAAAGCAGUUCUCAGGCCAAGCUUGGUGGUACAGGCCCUUGAUUGCAGCAGGCAGAUCCAUGAGUCACAAGCCAGCCUGUUCACCAUAGUAAGUUCAAGGCCAGCCAAGAGAGUGACCCUGUGUCAGGAGAGCAAAACAACAGCAAACAUAAUUCUUCCCUUGUUUUGAUAAGGACAAUGAGAAAAGUUACCACAGGUAGCAAAACCAUCUCAACAAACCUAACAAAUGGGUCAACAGAAGUAUCAAAGGCUGGGGGUGUCACAGUUGUCCCAUGAUCUACAAAGUGGCCCAGCUAAUGUAUGACUUCAGAGCCUUUAGGAAAUUUUGGGGGCUGGGGAUUUAGCUCAGUGGUAGAGCGCUUACCUAGGAAGCGCAAGGCCCUGGGUUCGGUCCCCAGCUCCGGAAAAAAAAAGAACCAAAAAAAAAGGAAAUUUUGGAGUCUCGCUGACCUCCAAAGCUCAGGGAACUGCAGGUCAGCACUGCUGCCAUUCGCUGCGCAGCCCAUCCUGCUCUGCAUUUACUGAUGCCUCAGACAUUGAGGCAGGAUAUUUAGUGCGCCCUUGCCCACCCGUCAGCACGGCCAUUGUUGGCUUGAAAGCUUGUCUGGUUUUUAACCUCGCCAUGAUUUCUGAGUGUCUCCUUGCUUAAAGUGAAACUCUCCAAGGAGAAUGAUAAAUAAGCGGUUUCAGAAUAUCUUUACAAUUCAUUUGACCUUCCUAAUGCAUUUUUCAUAUAUUGUUCUGAGCUUCUUGGCUGAUAGGAAGCAAUUCAUAUUCCUUGUAGCUGAAUAAUAAAUAAAAAAUGCUCUGUCGCUGAAUUCGUGUGAUCAUUGAAAGUUAACAGGAGAGAAGAGAAGAAGGCGACUAAGGUGCGGUGUGUUCUCCGCAUGGAAUAUGCAGUUCAGUAAAAAAGGGCAUCGUGGGGACCUUGCCGUGGGAAUGUUAAACCACAGGGUUAACCUAGGAUGAGCCCAGCUUAUCUGUUUAGUCAUUAAGAUUUUUAUUUAUCCACUGUAAGUGUAUGGAUGUUUUCCUGACUGUAUGUCUAUGUACCUCUUGCAUGCCUGGUACCUAAGGGACCAGAAAGAGAGCAUCAGAUUCCCUGAAAAUGAAAAAGAUAUGAGUGUUUGUGGUCCACCAUGUUUGUGCUAGGAAUAAAACCUGGUUCUUUGGAAGACUUCUGAACUGUUGGGCCAGCCUUCCAGCCCCUAGCCCAAAUUUUUAAAAGGCUACUUAUGCCACAAUAUUAAAAAAAUAAUAAAACAAUCACUUGUUCAAGUGUUUG